AUGGCCAUCUUCAAGCGCAAUCCUCGCGCCACCGACGCCGGCGAUGCUGCAGGAAACGGCUCCGCCAACGAUGCAGACAGCGAUGCCUCGUCCGCUAAGGGUUUGCGCAAGUAUGCCCAGCGCAAACCCGCCAACACCGCAUUCAAGCAGCAGCGAUUGAAGGCGUGGCAGCCCAUCCUCACUCCCAGGACUGUCCUGCCCGCCUUUUUCCUCGUUGCCAUCAUCUUUGCCCCCAUCGGCGCCGUACUCUACUACUUUGCCGAGCAGGUCAACGAGUUCACCAUUGACUACACCCAGUGCUCCACCGCACCUGCCACCCCGACACAAGCGCCCAUCCCUUCGUCCAAAUACAACUACCAGCUGCACGACAAGAACUCGACCAACUUCCAGACACCCACUUGGUCAUGGGACAGCGCCUCCAAGACGUGCAAUCUUUACUUCAGCGUGCCGGCGAGACUCGAGUCGAGCGUCUUCCUCUACUACAAGCUGACCAACUACUACCAGAACCACCGCAGAUACGUCAAGUCGUUGGACUCCAGCCAGCUCAGCGGCGAUGCCGUCUCGUACAGCACCAUCUCGGGUGGCACGUGCAAACCUGUCGAUGUGGAUCCCAACACGCACAAGAUCAUCUACCCGUGCGGUCUCAUCGCCAACUCGGUAUUCAACGACACCUUUGGCGACCCCGUCCUACUCAAUGUUGCUGGCUCCAACUCCCCCAACGAGACGUACGUCAUGAGCGAGAAGAACAUUGUCUGGCCCGGAGAGAAGGACAAGUAUUCGAAAACAAAGUAUGCGGCCGACCAGAUCGUGCCGCCACCUUACUGGCAGGGCGCCUCGGGCCACUACGGCUUCUCAAGCGGAUACACCGAGAACAACGUCUUCGACCCCAGCGAAGACGAGCAUUUCAUGGUGUGGAUGCGCAUUGCUGGCCUGCCCACUUUCCGCAAGCUGUACAAGCGCAACGAUACCAUGGCCAUGGAGCCUGGGCGCUAUCUGCUCCAGGUGGUGGACAACUACCCCGUGGCCAUGUUUGACGGUACAAAGAGCGUUGUGUUUAGCACCUCGUCCUGGGUCGGUGGCAGAAACCCGUUCUUGGGUCUUUCCUUUAUUGCCGUGGCUGCGCUGGCGGUGCUGCUUGGACUCAUUUUCACCGCUCGCCACUUGAUCAAGCCGAGAAAGCUCGGCGACAUGAGCUAUCUCUCCUGGAACCAGCCGGAGUCCAAAUGA